AUGGUGUGCCUGUUCUAUGUCAGACUACCUGGACCAUGUAUGUCUGUUCCAUGUCUGGCUACCUGGUCCAUGUAUGUCUGUUCCAUGUCAGACUACCUGGACCAUGUAUGUCUGUUCCAUGUCUGGCUACCUGGACCAUGUGUGUCUGUUCCAUGUCAGACUACCUGGUCCAUGUGUGUCUGUUCCAUGUCAGACUACCCGGACCAUGUGUGUCUGUUCCAUGUCAGACUACCUGGACCAUGUGUGUCUGUUCCAUGUCAGACUACCUGGUCCAUGUGUGCCUGUUCCAUGUCAGACUACCUGGUCCAUGUGUGCCUGUUCCAUGUCAGACUACCUGGACCAUGUGUGUCUGUUCCAUGUCAGACUACCUUGACCAUGUGUGUCUGUUCCAUGUCUGGCUACCUGGACCAUGUGUGUCUGUUCCAUGUCAGACAAUCUGGACCAUGUGUGCCUGUUCCAUGUCAGACUACCUGGACCAUGUGUGUCUGUUCCAUGUCUGGCUACCUGGACCAUGUGUGUCUGUUCCAUGUCAGACUACCUGGUCCAUGUGUGUCUGUUCCAUGUCAGACUACCUGUCUCAGUUAA